UUUGUUUUGUGUGUUUUUUUUUUCCCCUCUCCGUUUCUUUCUCACGCUCCAAAUCAGGUCAAGGGGUGGAAGUUACACCAGGUGCAGCCCGGGGCGCUGAGGCGAAAGCGCUCUCUGCCCCAGCUCUGGGAAGGCGUUUUUAACUAUUCGGUUGCUUAGCGCUUCCCGCCCCUCACCGUGCAGAAAGCGCGGCGACCCGGGCGCCCCCGGCGGUCUGCGCACAGAGGGCAGGCGCGGCUUUUCGGCCCCAGGUCUGCUGGCCCCGUGCUGUGGGGAGAGACCGGGCGCGACAGGUCGCCUCGCGUGCCCCAGUGCCCGCGCCUGGGGUCCGACCGCCCGGGUGAGAUUCCUGCUCCCCCUCGGCCCUUCCCGUCGCCUUGGGUGACGCGUUUACCUUGCAAACUUGGACACGACCAAAACAGGAUCUGUAUUACACUUUUCAGAGACUCAUCGAAAGUGGCUCAUCAUGGCAAGGCCAGAGCCGUUUGAUUUCACUCCUACGACUUUUCAUUUACAUUAUAUGCUGAGAGAGUCGUGAAAAACAGUCAUUACCAUCUGAGGGCAGAAACUGUGGCGAUUUCCAAAAGCGAGAAGUGGUUUUCCCAAAUUGCAGGAUGACUCAGGAAUAAAAGCUGGGAAUUAAAAAGAAGAAGAAGAAAAAUAGCCUAAAACGUUUGGUGUGAGAAGUCCAUUGAAUUAGAGUGGAUGCCUAUGGAGCUAUCCCCCGUGCAUAGCCUGAUCUUCCUGCCUUGGGCCGACCUGCCUUUCCCAGGAUGGAUCCCGAAGCUGCCCGGCUGGAGAAGCAGCACGUGCAUGACGUGUACAAGAGCACUGCUCCAUACUUCAGCGACCUGCAGAGCAAGGCCUGGCCUCGAGUCCGCCAGUUCCUCCAGGACCAGAAGCCCGGCAGCCUCAUCGCCGACAUCGGUUGUGGGACUGGAAAAUAUCUUAAAGUGAACAGCCAGGUCCAUAUCCUGGGCUGUGACUAUUGUGGGCCAUUGGUAGAGAUUGCCCGGAACAGAGGAUGUGAAGUCAUGGUAUGUGACAACCUUAAUCUCCCCUUUAGGGACCAGGGCUUCGAUGCCAUCAUCUCCAUAGGAGUCAUACAUCAUUUUUCUACAAAACAAAGAAGAAUCAGAGCAAUAAAAGAAAUGGCCAGGGUCUUAGUUCCUGGAGGCCAACUGAUGAUCUAUGUUUGGGCAAUGGAACAAAAGAACCGCCACUUCGAGAAGCCAGAUGUUCUUGUUCCAUGGAAUAGAGCCUUCUGUUCCCAGCUCCUGUCAGAAUCCAGCCAGUCCAGGAGGCAGAGGCAGUGUGGAUCUCCAGAGGAAAGCCACCCUUACCAUGCUCCCUGCUCUGAGUGUAGCUGUUCUGUUUGCUUUAAAGAGCGAUGUAAUUCUAAACGAUCCCAUAGCCUGGACUAUGAACCUGUCAGGACUAGAACAUGCUGUGGAAGUAUUUUGAAGGAAGGUGAGGAAGAAAAUGGAUUUUAUAACACAUUAGAGAAAUCCUUUCGUUCUUGGUUUUUCUCAAGGUCAUUGGAUGAAUCCACUUUGAGGAAACAAAUUGAAAGUGUGAGACCCUUGAGAAACACAGAAGGCUGGGUCAGUGGCACAGUAUCAACCCAACCUUCCAGACUCACUAGCUUAGACUUGGAGCACCAAGAGCCAUUUUCAACAAAUGGGCCAAGCUUAGAUGAGGAGGUGUUUCUAGAAACCACUCAGAAGCACUUGCAGUGGUUGAGAGCACCGGGCACCUCAAAGCAUUUAAAUGCAGACCAGGGAGAAAACAGAAGAAAUGGAGGGAAAACCCUUCUGCCUAGGACUAAUUCUGGUGAGAGCUGUGUACAAUCAGGUGCCCUAGAAAAAAGCUACCCUUGUGAUAGUAAAAUACUGAGAAGAAUUUCUGCAGUCAGUUCCACAGAUUCCAACCCAGAUAACACAAUUGCUGUUGACAAGGAACAGCCUAACGUUGUGGACUCAAGAGCCUUCAUGCGCUACUACCAUGUAUUUCGAGAAGGCGAGCUCUGUGGUCUCCUGCAGGAGAAUGUGGCUGAACUCCAUAUUCUGAGCUCCGGGAAUGACCAUGGCAACUGGUGUAUAGUUGCAGAGAAAAAAGGAAAGCCAUGACUCACUGAAUCAUUUGGGUCAACUUCUCCAAAGGAUGAACCAUGAUCUCUUCAGUAGCAUUGAAAAUGAGGUGUGAAAUUAGGUCUCUAAAUUAGCACCCAAUUCAUUUUAAAAAUCUAGGUAUAUUUUGGUUUAGAGACUGAGACUUGACCAUCUUUUUAAUCUUUGAGUAAGCACAGAGUUUAGCAUUGAUAUAGGCUAUUUGUGCUUAGGUGUUAAUUUUAAAAAAAAGUCUGAACAAGCAAUAGAAAAUGCACUUUAGUACAGUUUAGAUUUUAUUCCCAAUAAAAAGAAAUUCUUAUAAAAACAUAUGUAUGUUUGUUUGCAGUAUUAUACAUUGAUUUUAAAAGAUUCUACUCUUAAAUGAACCUUUAAAAACAGUAUUUUUAUUAUGUAAGGAUAUAAUUUCUGUUUCCAGGUAAUAAUUUAUAACAAGGAAAUCUGUUCCACUGUUCAGAUUCAGUUUGCUGAACAAUGGGGCUAGGAUAUUUUGUUGCUAAAACUAUCUUGCUUCUUUUUAAAGUCUUCAGAAACGUGGGAGACAUAGAUAGAAACAUAAAAGUUGUAGAGACUUUUCUAAAGUAUAAGCAAACUUCCUUCAGGGUUAUAACAAGAUUUUACAGGUAAUAACAAGCUUCAGGGUUGCUCAAUAGUUUAGCUGCUAGCAGGACUGGGUGUGGCUCAGCAGUGGAGCAUAUACCCAGCAGGUCCUGAGUCUGAAUCCCAGCCCUGUACAGAAAAUAAAGAAACGAAGCAAAUAGAAUGAAGGCAUUGUUAGGGGGCCGGAGUGUGGUACAGGCAUAUGAGCUCUUAUUCUCAGUAUUUGGAUGACACUUAUUCCCAACAGUAUUAGAAGGAUAAUUACCCACUUACAGUAACACCAGUUUUAACUGAUCAUUUCAUUCUAUUUUAUUUAUUUUUGU